GGGGGCUUUUCCUGCUCAAGUGAACACAUCGGCCAUUGAGGAUAAGUUGAAGACACCACAGCUAAAGGCGGCUAGUCCGAAAGAAGACAAUCCCUAAAUAUUAAAAUAACACUACCUGCCGGACUCGCGCGGCUUCAUGCUCUGCUACAGCGGAGACGUUUGAGUGUGUCGGCGUGUGUGCUGCGCCAGGAGUCGGGCCACAAAGUGUGGGAAAAUGCCAUCUUUUUCAUGGAGGGUUUGGCCUGCACUUGUGUUGCUUCUCUUCCCUUCCACUGUGGCUGCCGAGGAGUCGUCACUACUGGAAGGCUGGCACGAUGUCUGGCUCUUCCGCUUCCUCGUCAACAUGCUGGGAUACUCCUCCAUCAUAAUCCCAGGCUACUUCCUCAUUAGCUACUUCAAGCGCACCAAUUACUUAGAAACAGGUAGUGGGAUUUGCUUCCCUGUCAUAAAGACCUGUGUGUUUGGCAGCGAAGCCAAAACAGGUCUGUUAGAUGAUGUGUCAGUAGCACCCAGGAACGAGGGUGAUUCGGGGUCGUCAGUCAAACAGGUCGUCAAAUUAAUCUUUUGUGCAGCCGGACUUCAGGCAUCGUACCUGACAUGGGGAGUCCUGCAGGAGAGGGUGAUGACACGUUCAUACGGCGCCACGACCCCAGAAGAGGAGGGUGAGAAGUUCAAGGACUCUCAGUUCUUGGUCUUCAUGAACCGUAUCCUGGCUCUGACCGUAUCGGGCCUGUGGUGCAUCCUGUUCAAGCAGCCUCGCCAUGGAGCACCCAUGUACAAGUACUCCUUCGCCUCGCUCUCCAACAUCAUGAGCAGCUGGUGCCAGUACGAAGCCCUCAAGUACAUCAGCUUCCCCACUCAAGUCCUGGCCAAGGCCUCGAAGGUCAUUCCCGUCAUGCUCAUGGGUAAGAUCGUCUCCCACAAGAGCUACGAAUAUUGGGAGUACUUCACCGCCGUGCUGAUCUCAGUGGGCGUGAGCAUGUUCCUGUUGUCCAGUGCACCCAGCAAGCACCCGUCCACCGUCACCACCUUCAGCGGGAUCGUCAUCCUGAUCGGCUACAUUGUCUUUGACAGCUUCACCUCCAACUGGCAGGACAACCUGUUCAAGUACAAGAUGUCGUCAGUGCAGAUGAUGUUCGGGGUAAACCUGUUCUCCUGCCUCUUCACAGUCGGCUCGCUGCUGGAGCAGGGUGCCUUCUUCGACUCGCUGGCCUUCAUGACACGCCACUCCGAGUUUGCCUUCCAUGCCGUCUUGCUGUCCGUGUGCUCGGCGUGCGGCCAGCUCUUCAUCUUCUACACCAUCAGCCAGUUUGGUGCCGCAGUCUUCACCAUCAUUAUGACCCUGCGACAGGCCAUCGCCAUCCUCCUCUCUUGUUUCCUCUACGGUCACGCCGUCACCUUAGUAGGUGGAUUUGGUGUUGCGGUAGUUUUCUUGGCACUUUUCUUACGGGUGUACGCACGUAGUCGCAUGAAGGCAGGCCGGCGGUCAGCGCAGCCGCUCGCACAGAAGGUGUAGCACUCUGAAGUUGCGCCAAACUGGGAACUGAAACCACGUUUUCUGUGGUGCUUUUUUGUCUAUUCGUGUGUUAUCUUUUGGUUUUUUUUUUACUGUUCUUUUCCAUUGGUUUUAUUUUUUCUUAGCAACGGUACACAAAGGGAUUCUGCAGUUUUGACUCUUACACCAAGAUGCCCCCGCGGGGUCAAUGUGAUUCGUCAGGUCAGCAGUCACAGAAGUUUUUGAGUGCCUGUAAGAUUGUCUAAGACACAAGUCCCAAACUAUAAACUUUGCAGACUGCCUCUUCACCUCUUUGACAGUUAACACUAGUAUAUUUUUCUUGAACGUGGCUUUUGCAGCCGAUACAGAUGACUGUGACCCUGGAAAACGUAUGUGUAUGGUGAAGCAUUAAUUUUCAAGCGUUAAUGACAUUGCCCCUUACUUACCUUUAUGCCAGAUAUUUGAACAAGAAGGUCACCUUCUGUAAUGACAACACUUUGUUAUCUUUCAGUCACAAUAGCCAGACUCUUAUCACACAGUCCUCCAUGUUGGAGAGCAGGGGCCUUUACGUGUCUUAAUGUGGGAGUUUAUCUCGUAACGCUGUAAACAUAGCCUGAAAACAUGGUGCACACAUAUUUGUUUAAGUUAAGGUAAAAAACAGUUUAUCUUAGAGAAGAGCGCACUCCUUACAAGUUGUAUCAUUUUACCCCGACAUCAGAGAACUAGAUGCUGCUGUGGGUACUUUUUGCACGGCAUUAUUUUAAGAUUUUUUUGUUGUGUUUCAACACAGAUUUUACUUAAUGUUUUAACUUCGGGCUAAAAAGUCUUGUAAAUAUAUCUCUUAGUCAUUGUUUAUUUCCAACUUGUCUGUUGUGUACUUUUGUAAAAGGACUGCUUCAUGUGUUUUCACCGUUACAUGUGAAUGUUUGGAAGAAUACUGAGCGGAUGAUGAUGAAGAUGAUGAUGUUCAUUGCUGUCAUAAGGAUGUAAAGAUACUGUAAGCCCAGUGGGGAGUUUGCAGAUCAGAAUACAUACAAGGGAAAUGCAAUGUUACUGGUACCUUGUUUUUAUCAUUCUACUAUUUCCUCUGGUAACUGGAUUAAUAAUAAAACAUAUUAAAUUAACUUAACACUAUAAA